CCGAAGUCUCAAAUGUUUGCAACCAUGUGAUGCAAGUCGAGGAAAACUCUGCGCAAUUUUGCUUGAUAUAAAUAGCGAGGGUAAAAAGGACACGUUUCGUGGUUGGAAGCAUUGAUCUGUAAUCUCACAUAUAGCACCGUGUUUCAGCCGGUCAGAAUUUGGUUCUACUCCGACGAUACGGCUGCCGAAUGGAAGCCGUGGUUGAACAACGUCAAUCAACACCCCGUAUCACUCCCAACCAGACUUCUCUCUACCUUGUCUGCGGCUGACUGGCCCUCACAGACGUCGAAUACUAGUAGCUGAGGCAGACAUACCGUAUCAAGUCACUGCAAAUACCUCCUACAUCCCAUACCUUAUAUCUCUGCUCCGACUUUAAUCUCCUUGCGUCAUUCUCUUCUCUUGUCCAUUACGUCGGAGACUUGCCGCUCAUUCCUUCAGCCAACAUGGAUCGUCAAGUUGUCAAUGGCGACGGCGUGCUGAACGCCGCCAAGCACAAGCUGGUUGAGCAGGUCGUUAGAACGCCAGGGCGACAACCCUCACCGCAACCCACCUCACUCGGUGUUCCAGGUGCAUCCAGUUCAAACGUCUCCCUGCACCGGACCCUUUCAGCAGAUCACAAUGGUCCCGGCUAUGUGGCUCCCAAAUUCGAGGGCAAGAAGGUUCAGAUGGAAGAAGUCAUGGACCUCAUCGAAGAAAAGGGCUUCCUCCCCAGCGAAUUCAUUGCCUCGGAAACGGAAUGGUUCUACAAUGCCCUCGGCAUCGAUGACAUGUACUUCUCCACGGAAUCCGUGGAGGCCGUCGCGAGCAACAUCCUCUCCUUGUAUGCCGCCAAACUGGCUGCGUAUGCGCGAGACGACAAGAAGCUGGAGAUCCAAUUGGCCAAAGAGGCGGCAGAUCAUGCGGUCUACAUUGAUACAAGCAAGCCCGGAAUCAGUAUGAUCGAUGGCCCGAGGUACGAGCAGAGAAUCGACGAGAAGUACAUUGACGGGUCGACCCCCUCAAGAAGCUACCGAGUCGAAUCUUUCAGGUCGAAUAAUGCUCUGCCCGAGAACCCCGAGCAGUCGCUGCGCUGCUAUUUUGUCUACCAGUGCCAGUUUAACAAUCCCAACCCUAGCCCAGAUGAGACGGACAUGGAACAGAUUGGAGAGAAGAGAUUCUUGCAGAAAGCCACCAAGAACACGAGAGAGGUCUACCAGGAGAUCAUCACAUAUGCCGUUCAGCGAACGGGACCUGUCAUCGAGAUGUUCGAUAUGCAGGGCACGAGAGAGAAAAGAGUUGUUAUUGCGUACCGACAAGGCUCUGCCAUGGGUGUCUACAGUGCUCUGUCCGAUCUCUACCACUAUUACGGAGUUACCAGCUCACGGAAAUAUGUCGAGCAGUUUUCCAACGGCAUCACGGUGAUAUCUCUUUACCUGAAACCCGCAACCAACGACAUUGCGAAGUCUCGACACCCUCCCAUCGAAGCAGCAAUUCAUCAAAUUAUCAAGGAAGUCUCGCUGCUAUUCUGUAUUCCCCAGAAUAAGCUGCAGGGCCAGUUUGCUAGUGGGAAUUUGAGCUUGCAGGAGAGUAUCUACGCCCACUGCGUUCAUGUCUUUGUGCAACAAUUCCUCAAUCGUUUGGGCUCGGAAUAUACCUCCCUGGUUGCGGCUUUGAAGGGAGACAGUAAUACAAAUGCUGAGCUGCUGGCCAAGAUCAAGAAGCGGCUGCGGACGGAAACGUUCACUUCGGAAUACAUUCUUGAGAUUAUCAACAAGUACCCCGACCUCAUCCGAAAUCUCUAUCUCUCCUUUGCAAACACCCACUAUGUGCAGACCAGAGGAGAACAGGACGACUUCAUUCCAACCUUGAGUUACCUCCGCCUAAACGUGGAGCAGGUUCUCGACCAUAAUAGCCUGUCCGAGUUGAUCUCACGGACCGUCCACAACCAGCAUGACGAGAUGGUGAUGCAGUAUUUCCUGACCUUCAACCGAGCAGUUUUGAAGACAAACUUCUACACGCCCACCAAAGUUGCGCUCAGCUUCCGACUCAAACCAAGCACCGAGUUCUUACCUGAACACGAAUACCCUCAAGCGUUGUACGGCAUGUUUCUGGUCAUCGGAUCAGAAUUCAGAGGUUUCCACCUACGCUUCCGUGACAUCGCUCGUGGUGGUAUUCGAAUUGUCAAGUCUCGCAACAGAGAACUCUAUUCCAUCAAUGCCAGAACUCAAUUCGAUGAGAAUUAUAACCUGGCAAACACUCAGCAACGGAAGAACAAAGACAUUCCCGAGGGCGGCUCAAAGGGAGUUAUCCUGCUCGAUUACAACCACCAGGACAAGGCUCGUGUGGCAUUUGAGAAAUACAUUGAUAGUAUCAUGGAUCUACUCCUGAAGCCAACGAGCCCCGGUAUCAAGGAUCCAAUUGUUGAUCUUCACGGACAUCAAGAAAUUCUCUUCAUGGGUCCUGACGAGAACACAGCUGAUCUUGUCGACUGGGCCACAGAGCACGCCCGCAGCCGAGGAGCACCAUGGUGGAAGUCGUUCUUCACUGGCAAGAGUCCCAAACUUGGAGGUAUACCUCACGAUGCAUAUGGCAUGACGACAUUGUCUGUUCGUCAGUAUGUGCUUGGCAUCUACCGCAAGCUAGGUCUCGAUCCAAGCCAGGUCAGAAAAUUGCAAACUGGCGGUCCCGACGGUGACUUGGGUUCAAAUGAAAUCCUGUUGGGGAAUGAAAAGUACACAGCCAUUGUCGACGGAGCUGGCGUCCUUGUUGACCCUGCUGGCCUGGACCGUACUGAGCUGGUUCGCCUAGCUAAGAAGCGUGUCAUGAUCUCGGAGUAUGACAUUUCAAAAUUGUCACCCGAGGGUUACCGAGUUCUGGUCGAGGACACAAACAUCACGUUACCGUCUGGCGAAAAGGUCAACAAUGGAAUGACCUUCCGAAACACUUUCCACCUACGCGACGGUUCCAAAUACGAUCUGUUUGUUCCAUGCGGUGGUCGUCCAGAGUCAAUCGACUUGCAAACUGCGAGCAAGCUCAUCGUCGACGGCAAAUGCACGAUCCCCUAUAUCGUUGAAGGUGCCAAUCUUUUCAUCACGCAAGAUGCCAAACUCCGACUCGAGAGGGCUGGUUGUAUUCUGUACAAGGAUGCGUCGGCCAACAAGGGUGGCGUCACGUCAUCCUCGCUCGAGGUGUUGGCCAGUCUUUCCUUUGACGACAAGGGCUUCAUCGAGAACAUGUGUGUCCACGCCGACGGCACCGUCCCUGAGUUCUACAAGACGUACGUCAAGGAGGUGCAAGAGACGAUCCAAAACAAUGCCCGACUCGAAUUCGAAGCCAUCUGGCGAGAACACGAGAAGACCGGCGUGCCUCGAUCUAGGUUGUCCGAUCAAUUGUCCCUUGCCAUCACCAAGCUCGAUGAGGAAUUGCAGGAUUUCAAGGAGUUGUGGGACAAUGAGCCGUUGCGUCUGGCGGUGUUCAAGGAGGCACUCCCCAAGACACUCCAAGCCAAGGUCGGCCUGGACAAGAUCUUGCAGCGUGUGCCGGGCAAUUAUCUCAAGAGUAUCUUUGGAAGUUACAUGGCCAGUCGAUUUGUGUACGAGUAUGGUGCGACGCCGAGUCAAUUUGCCUUCUUUGAUUUCAUGAGGAAGAGAAUGGCGGGAGCGAUUGCACAGCCGCAGUAGUGAAGUGACGACACGACAGGACGUGAACUUAUGAUUUGGAGAGUUUUUUGGAUGAAAGGAGGGUACUACGGGUCUUGGGUAUCGGUAUUGCAAUAGGUUGGUUCAUGGUGUACGUGUGAAGACAAAAAACAAGAAACCAGGGAAUCGAAGUAGAAACGAAAAGUUUUGAAUAUUGUUUGGUACUGAUUCCAUGCGUUCGGGGAGGGAGACUUAAUAAGAGAUGAGAAGUGUAGCGAGCGAGCGGUCAAGUAGUGGAUUGAUUUGCUUUCUACAUGUCGUCCUUAGCUACCGAUGUACUAAUAUAUGAUGUACUUGUGCGACCAAUAUAGA